CCUAUGGGAUUAAAGCUCCACAUGCGCGUUGUUCACGAGCGUGAGAAGAAAGACCGUAGCUGUUCGCGUAGAGUGAGUACACAGGAGAAGUUCAGGAGCGUUGUACACUUCGAGUUCGUCAUCGCUUCUGUGAUACUUUAGCGCACGCCAUUUUGAAGGAGAUUUUGCCUCUUGACAGCUGAAGCCAUGACGAGUACAGAAAACACGACUAUCGAGGUAACAACAAACGAUGCUGCUACAGAGAACACCACUAAUAAUGAAAUUAAAGAGGAGGAAAAUACCAAGACUGUAUCCCAACCUAGAAACCGGCCUAUCGUGCACAAAACUGAUUACGAGAAAGACGUUGUAUACUUGUAUCAGUUUGUGCGGUGUCCAGUAGUGCCUUCGGCAUCUCCGUUUUGUCUGAAAGUUGAAACAUGGUUGCGAAUGACAGGAUUGAAGUACGAGAAUGUAGACCACCGUUUGAAGUUCAAGUCCAAGAAGGGACAACUUCCGUUUGUGGAGCUGAAUGGGGCUGAAAUAGCAGACUCGGACAUUAUCAUCAGCGAGUUAACGAAGCUGUUUGAGAAAGACCUUGACAUCGAUCUUAGCGUUGAUCAGAAGAACAUCAGCCAUGCAUUUAUCUCCAUGCUCAACAACCACACAUCUUGGGUGAUGCGUUGGUGGCGCUACAGUAAUCCAAAUCAAUUUUUAAAAACUGCGCAACUGGAUGUGAAACAGGUUCUAAAUUCAAAACUACCUAAAGGCAUUCUUCAGUUUUUCUUCAAAAUGGGCUUCAGAAGUAACGUUAAAAAAGCUGUUGGGCACGGGCUUGGCCGUCAUAGCAAUGAGGAGAUUCUGCAGUUUGGAAAGAACGAUUUGAAGGUACUCUCAGAAUAUCUUCAAGACAAAUCUUUCUUCUUUGGAGAUGAACCCCAUCUUCUUGACUGUGUGGCCUUCGCUCAUCUGUGCCAGUUCUAUUACAUUCCUUUCGGGGACAUGAAAGAAUAUAUGGAUUCCGACUGUUCCAAUCUUGUUAGUUUCUUGGAGAGGAUGAAAGAACGUUAUUGGCCAGAUUGGGAGGAAAUGUCAAAAACACUAGAGCUGAACACGCAUCUACCAAAGAAGGAACAGAAGGAAGAAGUAAACGAAGAAGAGAAAGAGAAGGUAGAAAAAAAAGAGAGUGAAGGUGUGAAUGAAGAAAAGGACAAAGAAGAAAAAAAGGAAGCUGAGAAGGAUGACAAAGAUGAAGGAUUGGAGGAGCAGACAAAAGAGGAAAGUGAGAAAAAAGAAUAAGUAAUAAAAGGGUUAGUCGUUUGUGAUCAAAACAGACCAAAUAUGUACUCAUUUUGUGGUCACAAAUAUCUGCUAGUUGUCUCCGCUCACUUUGAUGUUGAUUGUUCUCUUCAUGUUUCUCGUGGCUCACACGUCUUAUCACUCAUUUUGGGAUGGGGUGGAUCACAUAUAGCUAUUUCUGAAUAUUGCAUAGUCUUGUUUCAUUUUUCAUUCCAGGUGUCAGGUCAGUAUUAAUAUGCGCAUGCUCAAUUUGUUAUGUUUUAAGUGACAAAUCUGGAUUAGUGUAACUCGUCAUAUGCUUGAAGUGCAAAUCCCGUAACCUUUAUAUACCUGGCAGCUGUAUUGUUGGAAUGCUCAAUGUAUCACAAAGUGCUCACCAUGUAUCUAUGUUACUUGAAGUAAGUAAUUCUUAAUCGCACAUUGAAUUUUAAAAUAUUCUCUAACUAAAACAUACUUGUACGAUUAAUAUACGUGUUUAGUGUUACUGUAAAAAGAUAUACGCUUGUAUUCAAAAUUAUAAUUUACACAGUUUUUUUUUUAUCGGAAUCUCCCCAAGAAGCCUACAUAUAUUUCUACAAAUUUAUUGAUCUUCCAGUUAAAGGCGAUGAUAUGUAUUUUUAGGAUUUGGUAUACAAAUGAAUAGUCUAAUUUUAUAGACAAGUGCAUUCUCUUCUUUUUUUUAACACUUCCAUUAUCUUUUUCUAUGUGGUGUUGUUGUUUGUAAAACAAUUCCAUGUGUGCAGUGUGUAUUCACAUAUAUAUAUAUUUUUUCUUUUAUAAAUGUACAUCAUCAAAACAGUUUGUAAUCAACAGCAUUGUGAUUAAAAUGUU